UCCAAAUGGAAAUUGAACUUAAACUUAGACUUGAAUCCAAGCAAGUCCAUACGGCAGUCAUUGAUCUGUUCCAUGAGCUAUCUUCAGAAGCCACAUUUCUUGGAACUGAUUCACAAGAAAACUACUUUCUUGACGGACCAUCUAGAGAUUUUGAAAAGAUCAGACGCACUUUUCGACUGCGUAGGAAUCAGCGAUGGGAUCCAGUUUCUGAUACAAAAACUCCAAAAUCAGUCGUGACACUCAAGGGAAAGGGACGUAUUAACAGUGGUGUUUCCAUCAAUGAAGAGCUUGAAGAGCCUAUCCAAGAUGAAUUACUCGAUCAACUUGUUGAAAAUCCAUCCAUGUUUCCUCAGCUGGCCCACAAACAUAAACUUUUUCAGGUCGUUUUUGAUGAGCACCCUGAAGCAACUGCAUUGCAAGUGAUAGGAUCUUUCAAAACCUUGCGAACAAUGUUUGAAUGGAAGAAUCUCAAGUUGGAGAUUGAUGAAACAACAUAUGCUUUUGGAACAGCGUUUGAGAUUGAAGUCGAGACUGAGGAUUUUCAGCGUGCCAAAGAUCUACUACUUCCGUUUCUUACUUCCAAAGGUAUCGCAUAUGGUUAUAGCCAACGAUCCAAAUUUGCAAACAUGAAGUUUGGAUCAAUCCUCUAAACCCAAAACACCUUUUUAAAAAUAAAGUGUAAUAGCAUCGUUGCA